ACUGGGUUUUGUUUGUUUGUUUCAAUUCAUUUAUUAUUAUUAGUAUUACGGUAAUAAGGUAGAAGACCCAAGCAGCCAAGCCAAGCCAAGCCAAGCCGCGUGUGGCAUAAAAGGAAAGAGACUUUGUAUUUGGUAGCUAAGUUGGCAGUGGCGAGCGAAUCCAAAUCAGAAUUCAAUAAUUCCAGCCUCAGGUGAAAAGUGUAACCGUUGAACUGUACAGGAGAAUCUAUAUAAGCAAGAUGGGAGAUACCGAAAUGUUGGAACAACAGCUGCCCGAGGAUUCUCAAGUUAACCUUGCUGAUACUGCUUUCCAACAACAACAGCCCUCAAACCCCACUGAGGAUCAAAAUGCCAAUGAAACAAUAGCUGAUGAGACUCUGACCAUGCCCACUGAUGUUGACAUGACUGAUACUCCACAUUUGCCUGAUGCUCCUCCUGCUGAUGCUUCUCCUGCUGAACCACCAGAGAAGAAAAGCAAUGGAGACGCUGCUCCCCUUCUUUCUACACCUAAAUCUGAACCCGAGAGGGUGGAGAAGCCAAGGAGUUGGUUGCUGGAUCCUGAGAUGGUUGAGGCCGAUGAAGCUGGAACACUAGAGGAGCGAGCAGCAUUUAUGAAGGAGCUGGAAAGUUUCUAUAAGGAUAGGUCAUUGGAAUUCAAGCCUCCUAAAUUUUAUGGAGAACCGCUAAACUGCCUUAAGUUGUGGAGAGCAGUUAUUAAAUUGGGCGGCUAUGAUGUGGUGACUGCAUCAAAGUUAUGGCGGCAAGUGGGAGAGUCUUUCAACCCCCCAAAGACCUGCACAACUGUCUCUUGGACAUUCCGCAUUUUCUAUGAGAAGGCACUAUUAGAAUACGAAAAGUAUAAAAGGGAGAAUGGUGAGAUUCAACUUCCUGCUUCCCCACUGCCUCAUGCAAGUGGUGAAAAGGAGUCAAGUGGCUUCCUUCCGGGGUCAGGAAGGGCACGCAGGGAUGCUGCGGCUCGUGCCAUGCAGGGUUGGCAUGCUCAACGUUCUGUUGGAUAUGGAGAGGUUACCGAGCCUAUCAUUAAGGAUAAGAUCUCGAGUCCUACUCUGAAGCGUGAAAGACAUCUCAAAAACAUUGGUUUGCAGAAGCAGAAGACACCAAUAAACAUGGAAUCUGGACAUGAAUCAGAUAAGCAACUGGUCACCGAGAUUGUUGAUGCGGGAACCCCUGCUGAUUGGGUGAAGAUCAAUGUCCGUGAAACUAAGGAUUGCUUUGAGGUAUAUGCUCUGGUCCCUGGACUCCUGCGUGAGGAGGUAAGAGUUCAAUCAGAUCCUGCUGGACGGUUGGUUAUAACAGGUGAACCAGAGCAUGUUGACAAUCCUUGGGGUAUCUCCCCCUUUAAGAAGGUAGUGACCUUACCGGCGAGAAUCGAUCCACUGCAGACAUCCGCUGUUGUUAGCUUGCAUGGUCGACUCUUUGUCCGUGUCCCUUUUGAGCAGGGAUCAAUGUGAGCCUCAUCAUGUUUAGAUUAGGUGGCUUUGGCCAGACUCGUUUUAGGAGAAAUGUAACUAUAAGUAAACUUGGUACUGUUGAAUUAGUUGUAAUUUUCCCUGUGGAUUUCUAUGUCUAAGAAUGUUGGAACUGGUUGGGAAAAAAAACUGAUGGAAAGGGAAGAUUGAAAUCUCAUCAAAAAUAAAAUAGUGAAGGUCAAUGGAGAUUUAGCAAA